CUGCGCAUGCGCACCACGCGCCUUACAUCCGCCCGGUAUAUGAGACCGAACUCGGACAUGGUUUAAUUUUUUUUUUAAAACAGUGUUCGAGAUGGACGGGACCGAGGCGAACCGGAGGAACUGUACGAGAAGCGACACCGCAGCGGAUUCGGGACCAGAAACGAAAAGCGACUCGCGGGAGCGCGUGACACUGAAGAAGGAAAUCGGUUUGAUGAGCGCGUGCGCUAUUAUUAUAGGUAACAUCAUCGGCUCAGGGAUCUUCAUCUCUCCAAAGGGGGUUCUGGAGCAUGCCGGCAGCGUGGGCUUCUCCCUCAUCGUCUGGGUCCUCGGAGGAGGGAUCUGUGCUCUGGGGUCACUGUGUUACGCCGAACUGGGCGUCACCAUCCCCAAAUCCGGCGGAGAUUACUCCUAUGUGACGGAAAUCUUUGGCGGACUGGUGGGCUUCCUGUUGCUGUGGAGUGCAGUAUGGAUAAUGUAUCCCACCACACUGGCAGUGAUCGCUCUGACUUUCUCAAACUACGUCCUGCAGCCAGCGUUUCCCAACUGCCUGCCUCCAUUUAUUGCUACCCGCCUCCUGUCCACUAUCUGCAUCUUGUUGUUGACGUGGGUGAACUGCUCCAGUGUUCGCUGGGCCACACGCAUCCAGGAUUUUUUCACCAUCGGGAAACUUCUCGCUCUCGUUCUCAUUAUUGUCGUGGGCUUGGUCCAAAUCUGUAAAGGACACUACGACGCUCUGGAGCCUCAAACGGCGUUCGAGUUUAUCCGAGAGCCGUCGGUGGGGCAGAUCGCGCUGGCCUUUCUGCAGGCCUCGUUCGCCUUCAGCGGCUGGAACUUCCUCAACUACGUCACGGAGGAGGUGGUGGAGCCUCGCAAGAACCUGCCACGUGCGAUCUACAUCUCCAUUCCUCUGGUCACGUUAGUGUACACUCUCACCAACAUCGCCUACUUCUCCUCCAUGUCACCAGAGGAGCUGCUCGCGUCCAAUGCCGUUGCCGUGACGUUUGGUGAGAAGCUGUUGGGGAUGUUCUCCUGGGUCAUGCCCAUCUCUGUGGCUCUGUCAACAUUCGGGGGGAUUAACGGCUACCUGUUCACGUCCUCCAGGUUGUGUUUCUCUGGUGCAAGAGAAGGACAUCUGCCCUACCUGCUGGCUAUGAUCCAUCUGAAGAACUGCACACCGAUCCCGGCUCUGCUCGUCUGUUGCACUGCAACCAUCGUCAUCCUCUGCAUCGGUGAAACCCACAACCUGAUUAACUACGUGUCGUUUAUAAACUACCUCUCAUACGGAGUGACUAUCGCCGGCCUGCUGUUCUACCGCUGGAAGAAGCCCAACCUCGUCAGACCAAUUAGAGUGAAUUUACUGGUUCCCAUCAGUUACCUGGUGUUCUGGGCCGUGUUGCUGGGCUUCAGUUUGUACUCGGAGCCUGUGGUGUGUGGGAUGGGGCUGGUCAUCAUGCUCACUGGAGUCCCCAUCUACUUCAUCGGAGUGCAGUGGUCUCAAAAGCCACGCUGGAUCUACAGCGCAGUGGAGCGUGUGACAUAUCUGGGUCAGAAGCUGUGUUACGUCGUGUUCCCUCAGGGCGAUCCUUCCGAAACGGAGCCUCUCACCGAGAAAACCGAGAAGUCGGAGCUCUGAAGCAUCCAAACCUUCCAGGGAAAAUUUGCCCCCUAUUGAUUCUUUUUUAAUAUUACGGGGUCAAAUAAGCAGCCGUUAUUAACAACGUGGAGUUUCACGUGCAGGUGAUGAGACGGAGUUCUCUUCGGUGCUCUAGGUUCCACUUUCAGUUCCUUUUUUUCUUUUUUUUUUGUUUGUUUUUUUCUUAGUGUGUAAAGAAAGAUAGGCCGCAUUGAGGGGAGGUGCAUAUUGUCUUUUUAUUAUUCCGGGCUUUUCUGGUCUUUUCCGCUGGCUGCGGAUGUCGGAACGUGUAAAACAGACCCUUUUGUCCAUACAAAAGGAACCGGUUUCCAGCAAAACCUCCACUCUGUGAUACAUGGAGGCUUUUCCGGAUUUAAUAUACGGAGCGUGUGUUUUUUUCUUUGUCUAUUAACGACUACCGGCUUGUAACUUUCAGCUCUGUGUGUGUGUGUGUGUGUGUGUUUUCUUUGAUAUAUUAGUCCCUGUAUAUAUGGCUUUGCAGCCAUAAAUCUCUAAGUCAUACCACAGAGAAGUGUCUACACAUUUAAUAUUUAGUUUUAUUAUUAUUAUUUUUUUUAAUUUUAGGAAAUGAAGUUCAGCUCUGAAUCAGGUGUCCUUAAAACUGCUGUGUACAUUUUAAACCUGGUAAAAAUAUGCAAUUUAAAAAAAAAAAAUUAUUAUUAUUAUUUUUUAAAAUAUGCAAUUUUUAAAAAAAAAUAUUAUUAUUAUUAUUUUUCUUUUUAUGAGCAAUUCUGUAGCUUAAAAUCCUGUAAAGUCGCUUCGGUCAAACACAUAACAGUCACGUGUAACAGAAUUAAUGCAAACAAAACAUCAUUAGGAGUCAAAAAAGUCGUUUUUCCUCAUUGAAAUUUAAAGAAAGAGUAAGAAAGAGUCUGAAAAAAAAGAUCGAAAUCGCUAGAUUGCUAGCUAAUAGAUGCUAGCUACACGUUAGCAGUGAGCACCUUCGUCGCUAAGGAAUCACCAGGUUAUCAUUUUAACUGAAAACAUAAAUAUUUUAGAUUUUAUUUGAUUUAUUUUCUCACAAUGAAGGCUCAUCUUCAUCAUCUUCAACUUCAACGCCUUCAUGCACCGGUGUUUGUUAUAUUGAUUUUUUUUUUUAAAGAAAAUGAGCGAAAACGACGUAGCAGAAAGAAAAGCCAUCGAACGUAGGGAUAUGUAUCGAGUUAUCGACGCAAAUAAAACCAAAACAAUUCGAAAACUUUGUUCAGUAAAACUCCUCGAUUCGUCGUCAGUAAGCACUUUAUCUGAAACAGAAAAAAAAUAAAAAUAACUUGACUUUGCCCGACCUGCCAUAGACGUAGUUUGCUGAAUUGCUAAUUUAGUCACUAAACGUGUUUAAAUGAAACUGGUGUCUUUGUGGCCUGCGUUAAUUUUAAAGAAACGAUACACGUUUUGUUACGGAAUGAAACUUAUUUUUAUGACAAACUUUAACAUUAAAUACCAACCUUCUCUCUUUUAGUUCAUAUUACUGAAUUUCCGGAUUCAGGAUACAGCUACACUACGUUCAUGCUAGCAAGAAACAAGUCAUUGGUGUCACUUGAAGCGGUCGUGGCCGAUUUAUAUAAAUAAAUAAACAAACAAACAAACAAACAAACAAACAAAUAAAUAAAUAAAUAGUAGAAGCUAAACCACCAAAAGCUAACCAUUUAAACUCUAUUAUACACAAUAGCACACUAAUCAGUGUAAACUGCGCGUAACUGUUUACACGUCACGCGCCUGGCUUCGUUGUCCGAUUAGCAACCGUACUUGUUACGAAUUGUCACCGGAGACGAUCUUCGCUACUUCCUCCCACGCUUUAUUUUUCUCUGUAUUGUCUCAAACCGUCACUAUUCAUGACCCUGUUACGUGUACGGAAUACUAGUGUGAACUCUAGUGUGAACGUGGUGUUACUAACGACCGUGCUACAGAGUUUUAACUGGACGCAGGUCUGACAUGCAGGCGUACGUGUAGAAAGAUGCUAUCGGUUCGAUGGUGUUAACGCUGCGGCUGGCUGCGGAUCACAUCGUGAUCGAGCUCGUGCACUCGGUAUGCGCUCUAAUGUAGAUAUUUCUUGUAUACGUGUGCGUUUAUAGAACGGGCUCUGACAUAACCGUUAAUAACUGAUGAUUUUGGUGCACAAAAUUGGUUCUAAUGCUGCAUUCGUGACCGAGUGGUGCAGGAAGCAGGACGUUUCCGGAAAUCAUAGUGCUACGAUGUUAGCGCUCCAUCUCCUGGCUUCUAAGAUCCCUAAGAUGUUCCGUUAUUCCCAGAACCUUAUAUUCCUACAGAAUUGAUCGAUCUAAGAUACAGAGUUUACAGACUCUACUUCAUCUACAUUUUAUAUUAACAUAAUUCUAUAUAGCAAUGGUUUUAUUUUCCCAGCAUCGUGUGUAUCCCAGGUGCUAUGGUUCUCUAGGUAGUAAAGUUUCUACGCUCGCAUAGCUUUAGGUUUCCAGAUCCUAUAUUCCAGUGGUUUCUCUGCUCCCAGACCCAUAUACCUCCUUGUAUCCAAUCUAUCCAGGGUUCUAUGUUCCCAGUAUCUAUGGUCCUAUAAUCUCAGAACCCAAUCUUCCCAGGAUCUCAUGUUCCCAAUGCUCUAUAUCUUUGUGCCUAUAUUUCUAACAUCCUAUGAAUCCAUCGUGUUAUGUCUUGAGAACCAGAUUUUGUUUACUACAUCCUCAGAUUCCCAAGCACCAUGUGUUUAGGGUUCUUUAUGUUCCCAGACCCUGCAGUCCUUCUUUCGGUGUUCCAAGGACAUUUUCCGUUGUUCCUUCAGUGAAAUUGUAUAUGCACUGGCCCUGUAGUCCGGAGAAUGAAACCAGCAGCAUGUUUAAAGCCUUUGAAAGACUGAAAGAUAGAUAGGUUAGUUAAUCUGACGCUUAAACAUUGAGCUGUAAAUUACAACAACACCAUGCAUCAUGAUUUUCUAAACAAACAACGCUUUUAAAUGCUGUUUGAGGUUUUUUUUUUUACAAGAAAAUAGACAUUUAAACACUUAUCACUUAUUAAUUUAAUUAAUCGGGGGGGCACGGUGGCUUAGUGGUUAGCACGUUCGCCUCACACCUCCAGGGUUGGGGGUUCGAUUCCCGCCUCCACCUUGUGUGUGUGGAGUUUGCAUGUUCUCCCCGUGCCUCGGGGGUUUCCUCCGGGUACUCCGGUUUCCUCCCCCGGUCCAAAGACAUGCAUGGUAGGUUGAUUGGCAUCUCUGGAAAAUUGUCCGUAGUGUGUGAUUGUGUGAGUGAAUGAGAGUGUGUGUGUGUGCCCUGUGAUGGGUUGGCACUCCGUCCAGGGUGUUUCCUGCCUUGAUGCCCGAUGACGCCUGAGAUAGGCACAGGCUCCCCGUGACCCGAGGUAGUUCGGAUAAGCGGUAGAAAAUGAAUGAAUGAAUUUAAUUAAUUGCUGAAUUUAUUGUUUAAUUAACUUUAAUUUUUUCUGGAAAAUUUAACCACCCGGUUUUCAUGAACGCAGCAUUGGACCAACUUUACGUUGGUUUCUGUCUAAUUUUGUCACUUUUAUUUCUGUGUGUUUUGUGGAAUCGUUUUUUUUUUGGCAUAAAUACAUCAUUGUACAGUAGGUUUUUUUAUAUAUUUUUUUUUUGGUCAAGGGAUGCAACAAAAACAAGGAAAGAAAAGGUGUAUAGAGUUUGUGUUAAGGACACCUGAUGAAUGUGAAUGUUUCAUUUUAACUCCAGCACUUAUUCCUUAAAAUCGUCAGGUUUAAAAGUCACUUUAAUACGAAAUCGUUUAAUAAACCCCAGAGCCGUUGUAACGUAUCUAUGCAAACGCGGGUUUAAUCGCUCGAAUCGUUUAUUAAUAUUUUUUUAUAGUUAUACAGUAACUUCUUGUGAAAGUUCAUCUGUACUUUUCCGGUCCCGGGAACUCGUGAGUUUUUUUAAAGAUCCAUUAACGAUUACGGUUUGUGUAAAUAACUGAUUAUUUAAUCGUUUUUUUUUUUUUAUUGCUAUGCUGGAAAAGAAGAAAUGUUUUCAGACUCCAUGGGGAUAUAAAUAGGGACAUUCCACACGGUUGUGUUUCAGCAGCAUCACGUCAUUUACAGAGACUUUUUCUAGGGAUGCGUCGAUAUAUCGAGUACGGAACGAUAACGAUACCGAAAUCUACUUCACGUUAAUCGAUCAGGGACGUCGUCGAGCGUUAAAUUUCCAUCCGUUCGUCUUGCUUUCACGGUAUGUCCUGUUCAUUUUUUUAAAUGACUGCUACUGAUGUACGCCUCCUCACACCCUCUAUUAAACGUUAUCUCACGUAUUCUCACGUGAAAUCGGAUAACGGUAAACGGAGCGUGUUUGACGGAAUCGGUCGUGAUGCAUCUCUAACGUAUUCCCAGAGCCUCACGUCUGAAAAACGCACUUAGAUCCACAAAUUUCUUCAUGACUGUACACAUCGGUUUCAUCCUCUACAUAAAUAAAGCUAUUAAACCUUCGUUCUCUUCCCUUUUUAAACAAUAAUCGUAAUGUCAUAUUGACCAAUAUAGAUUUUUUUUUCUUUUCAUUUCAUGGGAUCCAGGAUGAGACGUUUCUGUCUCUAAACGUAACGGUAACCUUGUUCUCUCUGCCUCAAGGUCUCAAUUCAGACAAACAAAGCCAUGUAAAUAUUAUUCCUGAUAGAGAGACAGCAUUCCUGAGGCCAGAUGUGGGAGACAUUGGGAAUGUGUGGUAAAAAUAUGGACUUUGUUGUUAAAGAUGGGUAACGUAACAAAAAUAGCACAAUAAAGAUAAUUCAAAAGUU